ACAGGGACCACAUGCUCAAAGUCUGUCUUUAUUCAAUUUGGGGUAAGUUUUGGUCAAUGUAUGAUAGCAGAACAAAUCUGAAUAGAGUGCAAAAUUUAUAAUCAGAUCAUCCUGAAUAUUUUGUUUGAUCUUACAGAGAGUAUCCCUACACCUUUCAGAUGAGCUUGAAACACAAUAUUUAAUGGAAAGUGGUGCACUAAUUAGAAAAAUUGGAAUGUACCUUGUCAUUGAUACUAACAUUGGGCUGACAGUUUUGUGGGACCGCAAAACCACCAUUCACAUCAUUCUGCAACCUGAGUACAUGGGAGAAGUAUGCGGCCUAUGUGGAAAUUUUAACGGAGAUGGAAAAGACGACUUCACCACUAAAGGUGGUGUGCAAACUUCAAAUGUAAUUGAGUUUGUUGACAGCUGGAAGCAGAAAACCUCCUGCCCUGAUGCUGCACCAGACUUUGACCCAUGCGUUAAGAACCUUUAUAGAGAGGAAUGGGCAGUAUUAAAAUGUAGCAUCAUAACGAGUGAUACAUUCAAAGACUGCCAAAAAAAGGUGGAUCCAACACCGUAUUAUGACAACUGUUUGAAGGACACGUGUGCAUGUGACACUGGAGGAGAUUGUGAGUGCUUGUGUACGGCUGUGGCUGCUUACGCUCAAGCCUGCAAUGAGGCUGAUGUUUGUGUGAACUGGAGAACACCUGAUUUCUGUCCUGUUUACUGUGACUACUAUAAUAAACCAGAUGAAUGUACGUGGCAUUACAGUCCUUGUCAUCCACCUUGCUACAAAACCUGUCUCAACCCUAGUGGUAUCUGCAAUAACACUUUACCCAACCUGGAAGGAUGUUUUCUGACGUGUCCAGAUGACAAACCAUUUUAUGAUGAUGAAAACCAAGUCUGUGUAAAGGACUGUUAUAUAAGUACAACUAUUUCAACAUUGACAACCACCUACACAAGUCCACUUCCUACAUCUAGUCUUAUGCCAUCUACAACAUCAGAAAUACCAUUUACAACUAGUAUAACUCCUAGUACUAGAUCCAAUUCAACAUUUUCCACCAUAUCAGUUACUACAACCCCCCAGAAUCCAUCUACAACAUCAGAAACACUAUCUAGAACUAUACAACUCCUGGCAUAA